UUUGGUCAUGAUUUAUAUAUUUUCAGGUUUCCGAGGCUACAGAUAGAAGAGUCCGGAAGUAGAGCGUUAUCCAUACGAUGGAUACUCUGCAGCAGAUAAAAGACGAAUUCCUGGUCUGUCCAAUUUGCUUACGUCACUAUAAGGAACCAAAACUACUUCCAUGUCUUCAUACAUUCUGCCUACGGUGCUUAGAAGACUUUGUGCAUAAAACAGAAAACAGAAAUCACAUCGAAAAUGGCGAUACAACAGACGAAGAUCAUAACAGUGUCAUUUUCAAAUGUCCCGUAUGUAGAGGGGACACGACUUUUACUCUUUCCGAAGAUGGGAAGAAAAUAGAAAGUGGCUUUUCCGAUAAUCAUCUAAUUUCAAACAUUAUGGAGAAAAUAGAUGUACAUAAAGAAGAACAGAUUUGUGAGUCAUGUAGUGCCAGAGGUCAAGGUCAGAAGGCUGCGAAAGCUGAGGUAUACUGUCAAAAUUGCAAGGUCUCUUUUUGUGAGAGUUGUAUUAAAGCCCACAAUGUGAUUAAGGCUUGCCGAGACCACGUAAUAAUAUCAUUAAGUGAUAUAAGAGUGAAUCCGUUACAAACUUUAAAAAACACAAAACGCGAGAUUCCGUGUUCAGAACAUAAAGAUAAGGUGCUUGAGUUCUAUUGUUUAGAUUGUCGUGUUGCCAUAUGCUCAACGUGCGUUGCUGUGCAACACAGACGAUGUGAAAUGGUCGAGACAUGCGCAGACUCAGCACAGAAGCUUAAACCGGAAACUGAUAAUGUACUCAAGGACCUUGAUACUCAAGAAGUGUCUCUUACAGACUGGCAGCAAGAACAUUUGCGGGAAAUCGAGGAACUUGAGGAAAACAAAAGUUCUCUUAUUACCGAAAUAAAAACAGUUCGUAAAAAUGUUGAUUAUCAUCUAGCCAAAUUAGAACAAUCUCUUUUAGAAGAGCUAGAUGUUAAACACACUAAUGCCAUUAUGAGUGUUAAGGAAAGACUUCAAGAAAUUGAAGAUUUGAAGAAAAAUCUUGAAAACACGAAUAGGUUCCUUAGACAUUUGGUGCAAUUCGGAAGUGAUUCCGAAUUUCUUUCAGUUUUUGACAAAGUCAAACAACAAAUUAUUGAAAUGAACACAGGAAUCAAUAGGCGUAAGAUAGCCAAACUUCUUUUCAGACACAAAUUCGCAUUAGAUAUGAAUUUAAGUCGUAUCUUUGACCUUAAAUCUCUCGGAAAGUUAGUCGACGUUGUGGAUAUGAAUAAAGAUAGUUUUCCAAUGAACGGAGAGAACGGUCUAGGCCCCCCUUCACCAGUAAGAAAGAGUUCAAUCAAAAGGACUGGAACGUUUAGAGUUGAUAAAGCAGAGGAAGAGCAACAGGCUCAACAACAAGAGAAGAUCAAGCCACAGAAGCAGCAAAUUGCUCUGCAACCUAUACCGUCACAAAGCAAACAUUCGUCUCGCAGUAGCCUAUCUACAAACUCACCAUCUACAUCAAAUGACAGCAUGAGCUCUCAGGAGAUGCUUGAAUCGACGCCAAGACGUCAUGCUGUUUCUAUAAGAGCACGGCAACAACAGGAGACGUCCGCAAGACUUGCAGCAGGGUCCACUGGUUCCCUUCCUCGCGCGGCCAAACGAGUGAACAGUGCAGUAGAAUUCCGAAAAUCUCAAGCUGUACAAUCCACUCCGUCUAAAGGUGCGAAAACACCCCCUAUUCAAAGGCGACGUGCACAAAGCACGGUGAAUGGCAGGCCUCCUGUUGGAGAGAAAAGCCCGUUAGACCAGAAAGAAGAUCUAAAACUCCUGACCAUGGCAUGUUGUCUCCGACUGGAACUCCUGUUCUCACUAAGAAGUCAACUGAGGUGUUUUUAUCACCACCUCUUGCAAGACGAUCAGAAAUUACUCCGCCAAAAUCUCCAAAACAACCCCGACCUGCGCCACUCAUGGACAAAAACCAAUGCUCAACUAUUAUGCUUGCCAUACAGGUUGUUUAUACAAGACCCAAGAGGUAUUUGUACCGAUCUUGACGGAAAUGUGUAUCUUGCCGAUAAAUCUGCGCACGCAAUUCAUAGUCUUACUUCCGAUGGCCAUUACCGGAAGUGUGUUGUGAGCGCUCGUGAUGAAUUAGUGCAACCCAUAGCGGUUUGUGUAAGUCCGUUUGGACACAUCAUUGUUACACAAGACAAUGGUGAUAUUAAAGUGUAUGCCAUUGAUUGAUGAAGUAGAAUACAUCUACUUCUAUUUGUGUAAAUUUAUUGCACGCUAACCAACGCAUGUGUUCCUUAUCAUUCAAUUCUGGAAUAAAUAAUACUUUGAUUUCCGAAUUAUUAUUAUAAAUUCAUACUAUCUAGUAAAAACUUGAAUGGAACAGCUCUUGCAAAAAGAAGGAAUAUUCAUUGUAGUGUUUUGAUGCAAAACAUUAUAAAAACUUAAAAUUCUAUACCCGUUUUCUUUAUUUUGAACAUUAAAUUAUAUAAUUAAUUUGUAUAUCAUUAGUAAAUAUUUGCACAAAAGAAUUAGUUUUAAUAUAUUAAAAAGAAAAUACUAAUAUAUUUGAAAUGAAUCAUUUUAAUAUAUGUAUAUUUGUUAUGUUUUGUUAUUUACUUAUUCAACAACCAUUACACCAAUGUAUAGAGGCAGAAAUACUAAAAUAUAAAUAAAAUUUAUAUG